AUGGUUUCGUUUAGAGGGCUGACUGCGCUAACGCUACUUUUUACUAAAUUAGUAAGCUGCAAUCCUGUUUCCACUAAAAAUAGGGAUUCUAUACAGUUUAUUUAUAAAGAAAAUGAUAAUGUAUACUCUGCCAUCGAUGGUCAAACCAUUAAUGAAAAAGUUCAUGGAGUUAAUUUAGGUGGAUGGCUAGUAUUGGAGCCGUAUAUAACACCUUCUUUAUUCGAAGUUUUCCGCACAAACCCGUACAAUGAUGACGGUAUUCCUGUUGAUGAAUACCAUUUUUGUCAAAAGUUAGGCUACGAAAAAGCAAAGGAACGCCUUUAUAACCAUUGGUCGACAUUUUACAAAGAGGAAGACUUCGCAAAGAUUGCUUCUCAAGGCUUCAAUUUGGUUAGGAUUCCUAUUGGGUAUUGGGCCUUUACAACGUUGAGUCAUGAUCCCUAUGUUACCGCCGAGCAGGAAUACUUUUUGGACCGGGCUAUCGAUUGGGCUAGGAAAUAUGGUUUGAAAGUAUGGAUUGAUCUUCAUGGAGCGGCUGGUUCACAAAAUGGAUUUGAUAACUCGGGGUUGAGAGAUUCAUAUAAGUUUCUGGAUGAUGAGAAUUUAAGUGCCACCAUGAAAGCUUUAACGUACAUUUUAAGCAAAUACUCAACUGACGUAUACCUCGAUACUGUUACUGGAAUCGAAUUGCUCAAUGAACCGUUAGGACCAGUUAUCGACAUGGAGAGGCUGAAAAAUUUGCUUUUGAAGCCGGCUUAUGACUACCUAAGAAAUAAAAUUAAUAGUAAGCAAAUCAUUGUCAUACAUGAUGCUUUCCAACCCUACAAUUACUGGGAUAGCUUUUUAAAUGAUGAGAAGAAGGAAUAUGGCGUCAUAAUUGAUCAUCAUCAUUACCAAGUGUUCUCACCGGUGGAAUUAACAAGAAAAAUGGAUGAACGCAUAAAAAUUGCCUGUCAGUGGGGAUAUGGUGCCCUAAGCGAGAAGCAUUGGUCCGUAGCAGGCGAAUUCUCGGCGGCCUUGACAGAUUGUACAAAGUGGUUGAAUGGAGUUGGCCUUGGCGCCAGAUAUGAUGGAAGUUGGGCUAAAGACAAUGAGAAAUCACAUUACAUCAAUUCGUGCACAAACAACGAGAAUGUUGCCUUGUGGCCUGAAGAAAGAAAACAGGACACCAGAAAGUUUAUUGAGGCCCAAUUAGAUGCUUUUGAAAUGACUGGGGGAUGGAUAAUGUGGUGUUACAAGACAGAGGAUAGUAUCGAAUGGGAUGUUGAAAAAUUGAUCCAGCAUAACCUUUUUCCGCAACCUAUCAACGAUAGAAAAUAUCCGAAUCAAUGUCGCUGA